CCAAAUAGCCUACACCGGAUGACUAUGAGCAGCUGACCGGGAAACAGUUGAUCCCCGCGGGCUAAAUUUAUCCUCUGUUGACGGUUCAAGUCGGCUGGAAGAAGAAGACGCAGAUCGGGCAGUUUAUUACCCAGUGUUCACCUCUGCAGCCGAGGAGUUGUGCGAGUAAAGUAUCCGGACUCUGUGCUUCUCCUGGAUCAGUGGGAUAACCGGGCGGUGACAUGGCUGCUGAGCCCGCGGGAAAGAGGUUAAAGAGCGGCCUGCCGCUGUGCGCAGGGCACCGGAGCUCCGCGGGCAGCCGGGCCAGACACAACCUGCCGGCCGCCGUGGAGGAAGCUCUGUGCGGGCUGAGCAGCCUGCUGUGGGACGGAGCGUACCGGCUGCAGGCUCUGGCCAGUGUGUUUGAGCGAGACGACGUCGCUCUGCCGCGCGUCUCUUCUUUCUUCCACGAGGAGGGGCUGAAGCAGCGGGAGGAGGCCGAGGCCAUGCUGGGCUACCUGGCUGAGAGAGGGGGCAACUACUGCAGCAAGGACAUCCAGAAGCCGGGCUGUGAGGCCGUGUGCUCGGUGCUCCCGGCUCUGGAGCUGCUGCUGCUCCAGCUGAAGGAGGAAGCUGGUGCGCUGGUCGAGCUGAGCCAGCUUGCCCGUAACCACGGAGACCCGCACACCGCCAGCGUCGUGAAGAGCCACUUCCUGGCGCCGCGGGUGGACCGCCUCACAGCGCUGGGAGACCUGCUGACCAGCGCCCGGCGGCUGGGCUGCACCAACGACCAGACGGGGGCGGGGGGGUUCGGGGAGUACAUCCUGAACCAGCUGCAGGACGAGCUCGCCAGAUGAUCUGAUUCAGUCAGAGGAUUCUCCAUUAUGAGGCUACGUUGACAUCGCUACGUUUUGGUUUUUAAGCGGAGUUUUGAGCCAAAAA